AUGGAUCGUGCUUUAACUUCCCGUUUUGAAACUCCGACUACUCUCUUCCCCUUCCAAAACCGCCAUAGCUCGAGUUCUCUAGACAUAGCUGUAAAACGACGAUUUGCGUCGGCGAUUGUUUUCGCGAAACGAGCUCCGAUCGAUGGAGUAAGCGAUGAGCUGAAUCUAAUCGCAUCGGAGAACUUAGAUCAAGCUCCAGCAAGAAGACGAGUCCGUUCCGCUUUUGUUGACUUGCAGCAGAAUCUCGAUCACUGUUUAUUCAAGAAAGCUCCGAUUGGGAUCAGAACAGAGGAGUGGUAUGAGAGAAAUUCGAAAGGGGAAGAAAUUUUCUGUAAGUGUUGGUUACCGAAAUCUGGAGACGAAAUCAAAGCUGCGGUGUGUUUUUGUCAUGGUUAUGGAAGCACUUGCACUUUCUUCUUCGAUGGAAUAGCAAAGCAUAUAGCAGGUGCUGGUUAUGGUGUUUAUGCUAUAGACCAUCCUGGUUUUGGUCUAUCAGAUGGUUUACAUUGUCACAUUCCAAGUUUUGAUUACUUAGCUGAUAAUGCUAUUGAACAGUUCACCAAAAUGAAAGGGAGACCUGAAUUGAGAAAUUUGCCUCGGUUCCUGUUCGGACAGUCAAUGGGAGGAGCUAUUGCCUUGAAAAUUCAUUUGAAAGAACCUCAAGCUUGGGAUGGUCUUAUCCUUGUGGCUCCAAUGUGUAAGAUUUCAGAAGAUGUGAAACCUCCUAAGCUAGUCUUGAAGGCGUUAAUCUUGAUGUCAACACUAUUUCCUGAAGCAAAGCUCUUUCCAAAGCAAGACUUGAGCGAGCUGUUCUUCAGAGACCCGAGUAAAAGAAAACUGUGCGAGUACGAUGUGAUAUGCUACGAUGACCAAACACGUCUAAAAACCGGUGUUGAACUUCUAAAUGCGACAAGAGACAUCGAGAUGCAAGUUGAUAAGGUUUCAUUGCCAUUGCUGAUACUUCAUGGAGCCGCAGAUAAAAUAACAGAUCCCACAGUGAGCAAAUUCCUUCACGAGAAAUCAAUCAGCCAAGACAAAACUCUAAAACUCUAUCCAGGUGGCUACCAUUGCAUUCUAGAAGGCGAAACCGACGAAGAUAUUUUCACCGUAAUCAACGACAUAGUUGCUUGGCUCGAUGCCCGCUCCGUUCCCAAGUAG